GGUUGGAUGUCAGGGCAGUCAUUCAUCCAGCGGCCCGCCAUGUUUAUGAGAUAAAAAAUGUUUAAAGUUGACAGGACAUUUGAAAAUAUUACUUGAUAUUUAUUUGUUAUUGGAAGAUUAAUAUCUAAACACCAACUAUAAAGUCUUAAAAAAUGCAAACAUAAAAACAAAAAAAACAAAACGUAAAUAAAUAAGCAAUGCUAAGCCUGGUGGGGGCAUAAGUAAAGUAAAGUGGCCAUACCUUUUAGGUCAGCCCACUUCUAAGGGCAAUCCCAACAAAACUGUGUGCAAAGGCUAUUUUGUUCAAGCUAGCACUAUAAAGCAUUGAAGCGUCUGUCUGAGCGUGCACAGCUUGACGCUUUAGGUAAAUGUUUCACCAGCUGUGACCCUUGCUUCUCUCCGCCUCCUCAUUUACUUUCAGGCUUUUUUGAGACAAACUCACCUGAUUGGCUUGAUGUUUUCUCUCUUGUCCAAGCCUGCGGGUCCUCCUCUAUUCCCUCCCCUUGUUCCCUCCUUUAUCACUUAAUAGGGAGUAAAAGAGGCUUGGCUUUAUUACAUUGAACUCUCCCUGCACUGGCCACAUUUUGUUUGGACUCUCUUCUUACACUGAAUGAUUUUUUUUUUGUUUGUUUCUUUGAAAAAAAAAAAAAAAAAAAACUCAACAAAGCCAGUAGCCUCUGCUGCAUUCCUGGUAUUGUUGUGUAAAGGGUUACAGGCUGAAAUAGGAAAAUCCUCAGCUCUUGUGUGAGGCACGAUCUAAGUAUAACCAAUAAAUCUCUAAAUUUUACUUUAGAAUUUGAAAAUGUCAAAAGGGGUUCGUUUGGAAAGUCGACCAUCAUUCAGUAUAAAUCGCACCACAUCUGCACCAGCAAUACUUCACUGAAUUAAUUGGUGAAACUUUACUUCAUGCUUAUUGCAGUAGAAAAAAUAAGCGUGAUGCAAACAUCUUUUCGCAAAUAAAUAUCUGGACAGUGUGGUGUGUUUGUAUUCACCGAUGAUGAUUCUGCUGCAUUUACAGUCGUGAGUGUCUUAGGGCAUGUCUGUAUUUAGGCUACACAGUUUUCAGAAAAUGUUAGCAUGUGGUACCCCUUACAAAAAAAUCACGUCAUCACAUGUGAUUUUCAUGUGAUCACAUGUGAUCACAUAUGGAAAUGUGUGAAUUACAUGUGAAUCACAUGUGAUUUUACCACGAAAUGUUCCAAAAUCACACGUAUUCAUGUGCUUUCACAUGUGAUUCACAUCAUUCACAUGUAAAAUUUGUGUGAACCACAUGUGAUCACAUGUGGAAGUCACAUGUGAUUUUCAUGGGAUUUUUGUGUAAGGGACCUAAAUUUGCAAUUUCAGUUUUAAAAUCUGAUUGUCUAAAUCAUUAUUUUGUGUUGCUUAGCACUUGGUGUAGUGAAGAAAGCUAUUUGCAGUCUAGAUUUUCUAGCACUUUUUCAGUGCUAGAAAAAGUGCUAGAAGGGAAAGACCUGUAUAAAGUCAGGUCUUUCCCUGACUUUAUACAGGGAAAGACCUAAAGCCGAAUAGAUAUUAUUUAAAAAUGUUAAGAUUAUUUAUUCAUGAGGGAUGGAAAGAUAGAAGGAGACUGAAAUACAGUUUGGAGAGUUGACUGCUUUUAUGGGAGAGCUUCUUCUGUCUGCUUAAUAUAAACAAAGAGCUGAGGGUGGAAGUAAAGCUCAGGAUUUGACAAGAGUUAAUUAAUCUGAUCCUGGAUAUCAUUGGCUGAACUGGGUUUAUUUUACUGGACGACUGGACUCAGGCUUAAAGUCUACAGGAGGAGAGCUCAGAGUGGAGCUGCUGCUCCUCCAUAUCACUGCAAGUCAACGAAGAUAUUUCAAACAUCUGACCAGAUCCUCUGUCAUAAAUAUAGAUAUGAAAUUUUGGAAAAAUAUUUCUCAUUCCAUCAAUCCCAUCAAACUGAGGAAGGUAGGUCUUCUCGACUGCCAAGAAAAGGUACAGAUCUUAAUCAAACUGAAACUCGACUCUGACUGAAACAAUACUCUGCAGCCGGCCUAUACAUUAUCAUUUUGGAAACUGAUUGGUAAAUAUCAUAGUUGUUAGAAAAGCUAGAGGUGGUUUAGAGGCAAAAUGCAAAUGUCCUUCUUAAUCUGGGUAAAAAUGAUGUUCCAGGGUUUGGUUUUACAAAACCAAAAUGUCAAGAUGUUAAAUAGACGUAUUCCUUGCUGUGGUUUUGGAAAGAAAAAGAAAAAGUUGAGACUGUUCCAAUGUUUUGUUUUGUGAAGGAAACGAGGACGAAGUGCUGAGACUCCUUUAUUUCCACGAUUAGUUUUUUAAAGCUUGAUAUUUCUUGGACUUUAGAAACCUUUCUAACCAGAGUUAAAAGUUUUUGACCCGACUGUAUGAAUCCCUGGAGGGAACGGAUGCAGGAAGGGAACAAAUAUCAAGACAAGCAGGGAGCUGGACUCCCCUCCCCUUAAAGGGCCAGGGAUUAUCUAACUGUUACAAAGGGGGUGUAGUCUUUCAUCUGUUUCCUGUGCUUUUUUUCUUUUUUUUUUCCUCAUCCCUGAACCCGUAUUGGAAGUUCUCUGGAGAGCGAGCCAAGUCCUUUUGUCCAAAAGUGGAAAAUUGAGGCAGAAGACAAGCAGCCCUUUCUUCUCCCUGCCUUAGUUUUUUCACUCUUCUUUCCCCAGAGCCGCGUUUUUCUUCUUCGUUCCUGUCUGUGUCUGGUCGGAGCUGCACUGCUAUUGGGCCAUGUCACAAAUGCAAUCCUUUUAUGAUAAACGAGGUUGCCAUAGCAAUGACAUUCCCCUCUCUCCUCCAAUGAGGUGGGGGCAGGGGAGAAAAAAACAGAAAAGAAAAAAAAGAAAAGAAACACACAGCUCCUUCCCUCCUCACUGGUCCACAGAAGAGUUCCUCUGAUAACCAGUCACAUUUUCAGAAUGGAUUUUGUGGACGUUUUCCCUCCCAACACCUUUCAGAGCGCUGAGGGAAAGGGGUGGGGGUGAGGAGGAAGGCAUUUCCAGCUCCUGAUCAUUUCAGUGUGUUUUUCGCGUGAGUCAGGAACUGUGGCUCUGCAGCUCGGCUGCGUUUUUAUGGGAAAGUCAGUUUCCCACCAUUGUGUUUCCCGGCGGUGGGCAGAGGCUGACGGCGGUCGCGGGCGGUCGCGCUCUCUGGGUGAACGUGUUUCAGACGCCGCUGGUUUCAGAGAGCGGCGCAGGAAGAGGAAGAGUUGAGAUUGUGCUGGAGGUGAACGUGAAGGCUGGCUGAGCUUCAGACCCUCGCUGUAUCCAUCCGCCUGCCUCACCUUUCCAUCUCAUGCUUCUGGAGUUUGUUUUUUUGUUGUUGUUUUCUGGACUUUGAACAUUGUGGCUGUUGGCUUGGCCUACACAGCAGUGCUAGUUCAAGUGUGUAGCUACAGGUCUGCAUGUCAUGGGCUGUGUCUUCUCACUGCCAGAGGACAGGAGAGAUGCUGCUGAGAGAACACCCACCUCGCGGGAGACGAGUUUCAUCGAGAAAAUGAAGAAAACUGGAAAGAACGUCAUAGUUUUCUACGGCUCUCAGACGGGGACAGCGGAGGAGUUCGCCAACAGGCUCGCCAAAGAUGCUCAGCGCUACGGCAUGAAAGGAAUGGCUGCCGAUCCGGAGGAAUACAGCAUGGGGGAACUGGCCCGUCUGGCUGAGAUUGAGAACUCUCUCGCUAUAUUCUGCAUGGCCACAUACGGAGAAGGAGACCCCACUGAUAACGCCCAGGACUUUUAUGACUGGCUGCAGGAGAAUGAUGAUGAAGACCUCUCUGGCCUGAACUACACUGUUUUUGCUUUGGGCAAUAAGACCUACGAACACUACAACGCUAUGGGAACCUAUGUAGACAAAAGGCUGGAAGAACUGGGAGCCAAGCGCAUCUUUGAUCUUGGUCUGGGUGAUGAUGACGGCAACCUUGAGGAGGAUUUCAUCUCUUGGAGAGAACAAUUCUGGCCGGCAGUCUGUGAGCACUUUGGUGUGGAGGCGUCAGGAGAUGAGUCAAGCAUUCGGCAGUACGAGCUGAAGGUGCACACUGACGUCAACAUGAACAAAGUUUACACAGGAGAGAUUGGUCGUCUGAAGAGUUUUGAAGUCCAAAAGCCACCCUUUGAUUCCAAGAACCCAUUCCUGGCUCCUGUCACUGUCAACCGUAAACUCAACAAAGCUGGCGACAGACACCUUAUGCACCUAGAGCUGGACAUCACAGGCUCCAAGAUCAGAUACGAGUCAGGAGACCACGUCGCUGUUUUCCCCACAAACAACUCAGAGCUGGUGAACAAGCUGGGAGAGAUCCUUGGCGUGGACCUUGAUGUGGUUAUCUCUCUCAAUAACCUUGAUGAGGAGUCCAACAAGAAGCAUCCGUUCCCCUGUCCCACCACCUACCGCACCGCCCUCACUCACUACCUGGACAUCACAAACCCUCCCCGCACCAACGUCCUGUACGAGCUGGCGCAGUACGCCUCCGACCCCAAAGACCAGGAGAACAUGCGAAAGAUGGCUUCCUCAUCUCCUGAGGGCAAGACUCUCUACCAGAACUGGGUGUUGGACUCCUGCAGAAACAUCCUGGCCGUUCUGGAGGAUAUGCCUUCUUUAAAGCCUCCUAUUGACCACCUGUGUGAGCUGCUGCCUCGUCUCCAGGCCCGCUACUACUCCAUCGCCUCUUCGUCUAAAGUUCACCCCAACAGCAUCCACAUCUGUGCCGUGGUGGUGGAGUACAAGACCAAGACGGGGCGCGUCAACAAGGGAGUCGCAACCAACUGGCUGAAAAACCAACUCGUCAACGGCCACAAGUCCACCGUGCCCAUGUACAUCCGCAAGUCCCAGUUCCGCCUGCCAUUCAAGGCCUCCAACCCAGUGAUCAUGAUUGGCCCGGGCACUGGGAUCGCUCCUUUCAUGGGCUUCAUCCAGGAGAGAGGCUGGCUCAAACGGGAAGGGAAGGAAGUAGGAGAGACGGUGAUGUAUUUCGGCUGCAGACACAAAAACGAGGAUUAUAUUUACCAGGAGGAGCUGGAGGAGGCAGAGAAGAACGGCGUCUUAACGCAGCUUAAUGUUGCUUUCUCCAGAGACCAGGACCAUAAGGUUUAUGUGCAACAUCAUCUGAAGAAGAACAAGGAACACGUCUGGAAGCUAAUCAACACAGAUAAUGCUCAUAUCUACGUUUGCGGUGACGCGAGGAACAUGGCAAAAGACGUGCAGACAGCUUUCUACGAGAUCGCAGAGGAAUACGGCAGUAUGACGCGCACCCAGGCCACAGAUUACGUCAAGAAACUGAUGACCAAGGGACGCUACUCGCAGGACGUGUGGAGCUAAAGAGCCUUCAGCGCAAAAGCCUUACUCUUCACUUCUGAAGUGGUAGUUUUAAAGUUCCCGUUUUUGCAGUUUGUUCUUCAGGACUGAAUAUGAAAACAAUAAAGUCUUGCUCACUUCCCCCUCUUCCCCUGGUUCACGAGGGCUACAGGUAGCAGAGGAUGAUGAGGCAAACCCUACCUCAGCCGCGUCUGGAGUUCAUGUCAGCAUUUCUCACCUUCACAUCCUGCAUCACAUGUUUCUGUAGCGCCUGCGUUUUGACGUGUUGUCAGGUCUCAUGGAGAUUUACCUCUUUGGCUUCCAGAGAUCGUCAAGAGUCUCUUGCAUAAACACAAAAUAGUUUGGCUGCAACUUUAAAAGUUUGAAGAUUUGAAGAAGUAACCCGCUGGAAUCCAAUGUCUUUAAAAAGAAUCUAGAAUCAGCCCAGAGUGUUGGGAUGCAAAAGGAUCUUCGGAUCAUCUAUUUGAGAAAUCUGUAGUUUUUCCACCUUUAGCUGGCGAUGCGGAGGGAUACAUGAUUUCACAUUAAAUGAUUCUGACUUCAGCUGCUCUGAGCUGAUCUGGUAGUGCUUUUUUAAGUACUUUAAAUGUGUAAAAUACUGCUAAAAGUAAAACUGCUUCAUUGGUAUGUUAAUGUUUGUCUUUGUACUUUGACAAUUGAACUGAAUGCAGAAACCUUGAGAUCAUUUUUUGUAACAGAAACUUCAAAAGUGAUGAUAAUUUACAGAAAAACGUGAGAUUAUGUGCAUUUAAAGUCCAUUUGUCUCCUGCUUUUAAGCCUGGGAAAAACAAAUCUGUCUGAAACAUUUGAAACAAAGUAUGACCAUUGAAAUGACGACUUUAUAUACAUCAGAGGAAUAUGGAUUGAACUUUCAUGCGAGAACUCUAUUUUGUGAUGUUUUUGUCUUUCUGCAUAUAUACCACCAUGUAUAGACCAUCAACCAAGAGUUUAUAUUGUGUGUUUGCUGUCUGUCAGUCAGUGCUCCUUUUCUGAGAUCAUUUGAAGGGGGGGAUGGAGGUCAGCCGACCAUCUGAAGUUCAGUCUGUGCCUUUUUUAACUCUGCCUUAUUGUAAGACGUUUGCAUUAAAACCAUGAUGUUGUAGAAUUAUUUUCAUCCAUGCUUACAUUUUCUUAGAAAAUUAAAAACUUAAAGAGACACUUUAUCUGGCGCUGUCACUUUUUUUGGCUAUUACACUUUAUAAUGUAAUUAUUUGUAUGGAGGCAUGCAUUUUUAAAGAAUAAAAUUGGACUAAUUUGUUGG